AUGUUCAGUCUGAGUGCUGAAUACCGUCAGACUGUAGAGCGGUGCUGGGACAAGAACUACUACAAUGAGCAGAAGAAGCUGAUGAAGCAGUUUUUGGUGCUCCAGAGACAAGGCCUCCAGAGUCAUGUCCCUCACCACACCACCGUGGAGGACAUGAGCAACUGGCUUAUUAAGAACAAGUCCCUGGAGCGAGCCCCAGUACUGCAAAACGAUGAUGAGGAAGUGAAUCGCUGGUUGGGGUUCAGAAAGGAAGCAGAGGAAGGGAAUGACAUUAGUCACCUGACCUGGGAGGUGAACACUCAACUCAGAAUGAGGGACGUUGAACAUGAGGCUUUUACUGAGUUGGCCACCGACCUUAGUCAGGCCAUUAACUCACUUGACUUUACUGCUGAUCUCUCCUACCUAAACCCUGAGGUCUGCGAUGAAGUUGUAAGAGCUCGAAAGACCAUUUCCCAGAGCCUGGCCUUCCAGCCGUACUCCGAGCUGUGCUGUCCCUCUAAGGUGGUGGUGGACAUCGUGUCCAGGCUGCUCCAGGCCCUCUGGUCCUGCCAGAUGGAAAGCCCCUGUGACCGGUCCUCCAUGGCCCUGAGUGACAUGAGUGUCACCAUAGUGCUGGCAGUAGUGGAGAACCUCUCUAGAGUUCUGAAGGCUCCUCCUGUCGCUCAAGUCUACUACUCCCGUUCCACUGGUGUCAGGAUGGUCCACUCACUCAACCGUAAGAUCCAGUGCCUAAACAGCCCUGAGGACCUUAGGAGAGCUCUUUUCACCCAAAGUUCCACCUUGAUCAGCACCAUCAUUGAAGCUGUGAGCACCAAAGUCCAGAGGCUGUUUGAAGCUCCUGCUGACUACAUUCCAUUAAGCUCUAUCCGCAGCUGGCUAUCAGAGCCCAAGGCAAGCGAGGUUCGUCCAAAGUGCCCUGACCAGCUGGUAAUCUCCUCGGAGCUCCUGAGGAACAUCAUUGGUAUGAUAGUUUAUGUAGUCUUCAAGGCCACCUAGAGGAAGACAUCAACCUUCAUUACUGGCCCCUCAUAAACGACAUAAUCCACCAGCUGUCACUGUGUGGGGUCAAAGUCACAAAGAAAGGGGGCAAGGCCAACUGGCACAUUGGCUGGUACCAGAUCCUUGAGAUGGUGACAAAUAUCCAUACUCAUCUUCAUUACUAUACUGGCACAGAGAUGGUACUAAAGUUGGCAACAUCUGCCAGGGCCACCAUGCUAACGAGGCACAUGGUUCACCAUGUGGUCGAGGAGCUGGUAAAGCUGAAGGACGUGGAUGAAGGGACACUAGCUUCAGGGAGCAGUGAGUCUGUCACAGCACCCCUAAUCACUAACCCCGUCAAAGUGGACAACAUCACAACAAACAUGACCACGACUCCAGUUGACCUCCAGUCAGGCUUUGCCCCGGCACCAUGCAUAUUACCCCCAGGCUUUGCCACUGCAUCCUGCAUCCCACCACCGGGCUUUGCCACUGCAUCCUGCACCCCACCACCGGGCUUUGCCCCAGCAUCCUGCACCCUACCACCAGUCUUUGCCCUGGCAUCACGCCCACUCCCAGCAGGAUUUUCCCCGGCAUCAUGUCCCCCACCACCAGGCUUUGCCCCUCUAUCCUUC